AUGGCGGUGGCAAUAUCCGCGCCGUGCUUCCCGCCGUGCUUGGGCUCCGCCUUCCCCCGGGCCGGUCCCGGCCCAGCCGCUCCCCCCCCACCGGAGCCGGUGCUUCGGUACCGGUUCCCCUGCGGUGCAAAGCCUGGGCCUGGCGCGGCAGCGCCGGGGCAGUGCGGGCCGGCAGCAGCUCUGUGGAGCGGAGAGGCCGCUCUCUGCCAGGCCGGCUUGGGCUAUUCGGAGUCCCCAGACCUGGAGUUUGAAUAUGCAGAUACUGACAAAUGGGCAGCAGAGCUCUCUGAGCUGUACAGCUACACGGAAGGGCCGGAGUUCCUGCUCAACCGCAAGUGCUUUGAGGAGGACUUCAGGAUCCACGUACGGGACAAGAAAUGGACCGAGCUGGACAAGAACCAGCACCGCACUCACGCCAUGCGGCUUCUCGACGGGCUGGAGGUCACCGCGCGGGAGAAGAGGCUGAGGGUUGCCCGAGCCAUCCUUUACGUUGCCCAAGGCACGUUUGGGGAGUGCGGCUCCGAGGCCGAGGUGCAGGCUUGGAUGAGGUAUAACAUCUUCCUCUUGCUGGAAGUGGGGACGUUCAACGCUUUAGUGGAGCUGCUGAACAUGGAGAUUGAUAACAGCGCGGCUUGCAGCAGUGCCGUGAGGAAGCCGGCCAUCUCCCUGGCUGACAGCACGGACCUGAGGGUGCUGCUGAACAUCAUGUACCUGAUCGUGGAGACUGUUCGACAGGAGGCUGAGGGGGACAAGCCCGAGUGGAAGAGCAUGAGACAAACCUUCCGAGCCGAGCUGGGAGCCCCCCUGUACAACAACGAGCCCUUCUCCGUCAUGCUCUUUGGGAUGGUGACCAAAUUCUGCAGCGGCCAUGCUCCACACUUCCCCAUGAAGAAGGUGCUGCUCUUGCUCUGGAAAACUGUGCUGUGCACCCUGGGGGGCUUUGAGGAGCUCCAGAGCAUGAAGGCAGAGAAGCGGGAGAUCCUGGGCCUCCCGCCGCUCCCGGAGGACAGCAUUAAAGUGAUCCGCAACAUGCGAGCUGCCUCCCCGCCCGCAUCCGCCUCCGAUCUGAUCGAGCAGCAGCAGAAGCGAGGCCGGCGGGAGCACAAGGCCCUGAUUAAGCAGGAUAACCUCGAUGCCUUUAAUGAGCGAGACCCUUACAAAGCUGAUGACUCCCGUGAGGAAGAGGAGGAAAAUGAUGAUGACAACAGCCUGGAGGGAGAGACCUUCCCCCUCGAACGGGAUGAAGUGAUGCCUCCCCCCAUUCAGCAUCCCCCCAGCGACCGCAUCACCUGCCCCAAGGGGCUGCCUUGGGCCCCCAAGGUCCGAGAGAAGGACAUUGAGAUGUUCCUGGAGUCCAGCCGCAGCAAGUUCAUCGGCUACACCCUGGGCAGGGAGGGUCCCCCAGAGCGGGGCGGGCGCUCUGGGGGGGGGCACAAGUACACGUCGAUCGCGGAGGUGCAAGUGCACAUGGAGGACGAGUACCUGCGCUCCCCGCUCUCCGGGGGGGAAGAAGAAGUGGAGCAAGUCCCUGCGGAGAUCCUGUACCAGGGCCUUCUGCCAAGCCUGCCGCAGUACAUGAUUGCUCUGCUGAAGAUCCUCCUUGCUGCAGCCCCCACCUCCAAAGCCAAGACGGACUCCAUCAACAUCCUGGCAGACGUCUUGCCGGAGGAGAUGCCGACCACAGUGCUGCAGAGCAUGAAGCUGGGGGUCGAUGUCAAUCGGCACAAGGAGAUCAUCGUCAAAGCCAUUUCUGCUGUGCUGCUCCUCCUGCUCAAGCACUUCAAGCUGAAUCACAUCUACCAGUUUGAGUACAUGGCCCAGCAUCUGGUCUUCGCCAACUGCAUCCCACUCAUCCUGAAGUUCUUCAACCAGAACAUCAUGUCCUACAUCACUGCCAAGAACAGCAUUUCCGUCCUGGACUACCCGUACUGCGUGGUGCACGAGCUGCCGGAGCUGACGGCAGAGAGCCUGGAAGCCGGAGACAACAACCAGUUUUGCUGGAGGAACCUCUUCUCCUGCAUAAACCUCCUGCGCAUCCUGAACAAGCUGACCAAGUGGAAGCAUUCCCGCACCAUGAUGCUGGUGGUCUUCAAGUCAGCACCCAUCCUGAAGCGGGCGCUGAAGGUGAAGCAGGCCAUGAUGCAGCUCUACGUGCUGAAGCUGCUCAAGGUACAGACCAAAUACCUGGGCCGGCAGUGGAGGAAGAGCAACAUGAAGACCAUGUCGGCCAUCUACCAGAAAGUGCGGCACCGUCUCAACGACGACUGGGCUUACGGCAACGACCUGGAUGCCCGACCCUGGGACUUCCAGGCGGAGGAGUGCGCCUUGCGCGCCAGCAUUGAGCGUUUCAACUCGCGUCGCUACGACCGGGCGCACAGCAACCCCGAUUUUCUGCCCGUGGACAACUGCCUGCAGAGCGUGCUGGGCCAGCGCGUGGACCUGCCCGAGGAUUUCCAGGUCAACUACGACCUGUGGCUGGAGCGGGAGGUCUUCUCCCGACCCAUCUCCUGGGAGGAGCUGCUGCAGUGACGGACGACGGAGAGGCAGGAGGGGGUGCUUUGGGGAGAUCU